UCGCAAGAUGGCGACGAAGCCCAUCGUUCUAUGCUUGUUCCAUUUCUUCUUCGUUUCAGCAGUUACAGGUUUAUUAAAGAAUGGAGCGGAUAGCUUAAUCAUUAGAGAACCAGGAAAGAAGUCAGACUCGUCCAAGUUAAUCAUCGCUUACACCCCAAACUAUGUGACAUUUUUGCCAAACGCUGGCACGAUUCCCUCAAAUGAAAUUUCUGAUGUUAUAGCACUUGCCAUGGGAUUCUCCGCCACUAAGGAAUUGAGCUGGGGUGGUUUGUUAGCAGGUGACGUGUUUCGACGACCCAAAGCUAAUGUGUUGAUUACGGUUGAUGGCGUUACUAAAGAUGACAAUUUUGACCUACCAGGGAGGGCUGCGUCAUAUCCCGUUGCAGAGUCCGAAGGUGUGGUGAGUUUGGCUGGAAUUCUGUCCACGUCAAGGGCCACACACGAAAACCUUCCGACGCGCGUGGCAAAUGUGUUCGGUGGCAAGUCACUAACGGUUUCAAUGUCGGGAAGUGAAGUAUUGGCAGCUGCCGGUCAUACUCCUGGGACAAACAGUUAUACCUCGUUUUGGAAUCAGGCCGAGGACAAGUUUGCGCUGGCAGAAGAAAACACUGUCAUAAGUCUGAAAGACUUACUGGUCACCAAAGACGAGAUUAUAAAGAGACUGAAGAGGGCUGAUUUUGGUAAAGGAGUAAAGUUUUCUCCAAGUACCAAAGAAUUUACUGUGUCAGUGCCUAGGAAAGGAAAUGCCGUCUUCAACAUGGAAAAGAAGGAAGACUUUCUUCUCUUCGCUGAGGUCGAUGUCAUCCUUCAAAUACUUGAAAAGUUAAGCUCUGAUCCUAACCUUGUGCAAGAUGGCGUUCCAGAUGUGUUCACUUUGGGCCUCUCUUCUGUUAAGGGACUUCGCCGUCGCUAUGGUGACAAAUCUUUACAAGCGGAAGGAGCUGUCCAAUUUUUGAAGGAAAUUAUUCCACAGAUUGUCAAAAAAUUCUCCGAUUUGUACAAUGGGAAUGUUCUGGUGGAAGUUUUGUCGUUGGAGUGGCUUGGUGAUCUUCAAACGAGAUACCCACGAGAGGUGCACGUCGUCUAUCAAGAAGUCCAACCUCACCUGGUGUCACAGUCAAGGGACCUUUUCCAUGACCAGCUGCCCUCUGUUACACUUAGGCAUGAUCUAGAGGAACAAGCAAAGCAGUCGUUGUGCGCGUCUUUGCACAAUAAACUUCUUUCGACACAGUCUCCACUCAAGGUGUAUUGUAAUGGAAAGCCCAGGCUCCGGCGUUCAGUGGACAGUGACUCGCAAUACCAGGCUGGUUCCAACAUUGACUUGGGUAAAGUGAAUUUGGCCCCUGAAUACUCCAAGGACUAUCCCAUAAUAUUUAACAUCUCGCUGUGGCUUCUUGUAGUCCUAGUUCUUUCCUUAUAUGUAGUAUGCCUGGUGAUGUGGUACAUGGACCCGGGUCGUGACAGCAUUAUUUAUCGCAUGACCAGUCAGAGAAUUAAGAUGGAAUGACACGCUUCUCAAAGAAUAGAAACUUUUGGAAACGACAGAAUUAAAACUGAUUGACACACAUUUGAAGUUAUCGCGCGGGAAAGUUGAGUAUCUAAUGCAGCAGUGACGGAGAGUUGUAUAGUUUUUUUUCCUCUACCGAAUGGAAAUUGUUUUCAAAGUACAAUCAUUUUAGUAAGUUUUUGUGCAGUUGGAUUCAGUGGCAUCCGGAAUAUCUUUUGUGCCGUUGCCUUGGUUUUCAUUUUGAUAAUUAUGUAAGGAAAUCGUAUUAAAUGUCUUUCAAUUAUCGUA